AUGCAACGCUCGAGCAGUCAGUCGACGACUUCAACCGACUAUGUUACUUUCGAGCGUAGCGCUGCUGGUUUCUCGGACGAUGCUGUUCACCGUGCAAAAGCUGCGCAGCUCAAGCUGGAGCAUUUCUACAAAGUUGCCGUAGAGGCAGCCAUCGAGCGGAACACCAGACGCGUUGAGCUUGAAAGGAAGCUGCAGGCCGCUGUCAUGACGUCCGAAGACAGGAAACAUCGCCAACUGCAACAACUGGGAAAGAAAGAAUCUACUUAUCUUCGACUUCGGCGGACGCGGUUAGGUUUGGAUGACUUCAGAACAGUUAAGGUGAUCGGGAAGGGUGCUUUCGGUGAGGUCAGGCUGACAUUGAAGAAGGAGGAGAUGUUGAAAAAGGACCAGUUGGCCCACGUCCGUGCUGAGCGUGAUAUUCUGGCCGAGUCCAACUCCGCUUGGGUGGUUCAGCUGUUUUAUUCCUUCCAAGACCCACAGACGCUGUAUCUUAUCAUGGAGUUCCUCCCUGGUGGGGACCUCAUGACCAUGCUCAUUAAAUAUGAUACAUUCUCCGAGGACGUCACUCGGUUCUACAUCGCAGAAUGUGUACUUGCUAUCGACACUGUUCAUAAGCUUGGCUUCAUUCACAGGGAUAUCAAGCCGGACAACAUCCUAAUCGACAAGGAUGGUCAUAUAAAGCUGUCUGAUUUUGGACUGUCGACUGGUUUUCACAAGCAACAUGAUUCAAGUUAUUACCAGCGGCUUUUGGACUCUUCCAACGGCGUGCAGUCACCGGCUGCCGCUGCCCGUAACAGUGUCAUGGUCAAUGCUAUACACUUGACUAUGUCAAGCAAAGACCAAAUCGCUACAUGGAAAGCUAACCGUCGGAAACUGGCAUAUUCGACUGUUGGAACUCCUGAUUACAUUGCUCCCGAAAUCUUUCAGCAGAAGGGUUAUGGCAACGAGUGUGAUUGGUGGUCGUUAGGUGCGAUUAUGUUCGAAUGCCUGGUUGGAUACCCUCCCUUCUGCUCCGAAAAUACGCACGAUACCUAUCAAAAGAUCAUGCAAUGGCAAUACCACCUAGUGUUCCCGGAUGAUGUCCAUCUGAGUCGAGAAGCCGAAGAUCUGAUCCGGCGACUCAUCACAUCUCAAGAUCGCCGAUUGAAUAUUGAACAGAUCAAGAAUCAUCCGUUCUUCUAUGGCGUGGAGUGGGACAGUAUACGCCUGAUUGAUGCACCUUUUGUACCACAUCUUCGCUCGAUCACGGAUACGUCGUACUUCCCUACGGACGAGAUUGACCAAGUACCAGCCGAAGGCCCUGUAGUAGACGCUACCGAUGCUCAAAAGGACCUUGCGUUCCUCGGAUAUACCUUCAAGCGAUUUACGAUAUCAUCACACGUUGCUUGA